AGCCCUAACAAAGUUUGUGAAAGUAUUUCUUAUUUAUUGGAUGUGAGGUAAAUUUUGUGCGGUUAUUGCAGUUUGCUGUGGUUUGUCACCAUUGAAAUUUGGCAAGAGAAUUUAUACAAUGCAAAUUGUUGUUAAAUUAGAUAAGCCUGGAGAAAUACCAGAAUGGGGCAUAAUCGAAUUGCAAGGUGAUUUAGAGGUUCGUGAUGAUGCCAAGUUGGAUGGGCAAUUUAUUGGAGACUUACAUUAUACAAGGACUGGUCAACCGAUUCUCAUAAUCGGUCACCACAUUUUGCAAGGUAAAGAGCAGACGAUGGACGAGCCUUUUGCUCUUCUUGAAAAGAAGACUGUUCAUAGUGAAGCGGAUACUCCUGCAGAAAUAAGUAGAACUAUUGAUGAUUCAGUGCUCGAAGCCUCCAAUACAAGCAUAAACACUUCGCUCAGUUCCAAUCGUACUGUUCUGGAUUCCACGCUUGCCAUAGAGGAGAAAAGUAAAAGUAAUGUUUGUUAUGUUGUUAAAGCUUUGAUUAAAAAGAAAUUGGUGUUCAAGACCAGGCCAAAGCCCAUUAUUGCUAAUGUUCCCAAAAAUGUUUGAUUUUAAUUGUGUUUUCAUUUUUGUUUAAUUUAAGA